CGUCGACGUUCACGUCAAAAGUGGAUUGAUCAGAAAUAUUACGAUAUUUAUUUUCUAGCACCGAAAAGAAACCGCAUGACGGAGGGCAAUGUCGAUAUUAUUGAUUGAAUUUUUAAUAGUAGUUUAAUUAAAUUUGUCAAUGUAUGUGCAUACAUUGUAAAUGAGCACUUAUAAAUUUUUAAAUCAUGACACACAAUGUAAAAGUGGAGGAUCUAUGUCGAACUUGUCUUACGAAGGAGAUUGAGUUGAUAUCUGUUUAUGAAAUUUACACCGGCUCCGUAACAUUAGAGAGUAUAAUAUCUACAUUGACCGGUCUUAAGAUAGAAUCAGGAGAUGGGCUGCCCUCGACGGUAUGUCUCGUGUGUAAGGACAGGGCUACAAACGCAUAUGACUUCAGGCAACAAUCCAUACAAUCUGACGCUAAAUUGCGUAAAGUACACAGAAAUUGCAAACUUGAACCCAUUGAGCCUGCAGCGAUCAACAAUGAAUGUGUUAAAUCAGAACAGUUUAGUAUUGGGGAACAGGAUGACUAUUUGGAUAUUGAGUUUGGUUUAGAUUUUGCAAAUGGCUCUGAUUCCUUUGAUGAUGUUAAAAAUGAAGCAGAAAUAAAUUCAAAAGAUGAUUUAUCAUUAAUAAGGCCAGAUGAAAAAAAGCAAGCAGUACGAGAAAAAGCUUCUCUAGCGGUUGAUCCAAGAGACACAAGUGGUACAUACUGUCCAUUAUGUGCUACGAGUUACGGCAAUGCGGAGGGUCUCACCAGCCACAUGUGGGAGCACCACGCCGAUAUCAUGGGGCCUAAGAAGAGGGGCAGGCCUAAGAGGCUUGGGACAACAGCCAUACUAAAUAAGCUAUCAGAGAAUGGAGUCCAUGUGAAGUGGGUGACGGACAUGAAGUUUGACUGCAACUUUUGCACUCAACACUUCCGCUCCAAAGAUGAUCUCGCUGCACACAUUGUUGACUCUCAUAAAGACCUGAAACUAGUGAAUUGCCUCAUGUGCAAGAAGAUGUACCUGAAACAAGAGGACUUCGAGAAACACAACUGCCAGUGCAAUAAGGAGAGUGAGAAGACAGAGGGUGCGGCAGAAGACGCAGAUGUUAACAGGAACGCGCUCAGCGGUGAAGUGGUGCUGCAGGAGAUUAUAUCACAAAUCCCUGAAACGGACUGCGUGUCGGACAUAUGCACGUGCGAGUGUUGCGGCUGCGUGUGCGCCGGGCAGGAGCAGCUCGCGCGGCACAAGGACGACGAGCACCCGGAGCUGUCGCCGCGCUGCCAGCUCUGCUACAAGGUGUUCGCGUCGCUCAAGUCGGCGGCGCGUCACCGCGCGUCGUGCAAGCAGCGCGAGCGCACGUUCUCGUGCGAGACGUGCGGCGCGCGGUUCGCGCACGAGGUGUCGCUCAACAAGCACAUACUGCGCACGCACCGCGGCCAGACCGUCAGCGUGCGCUUCGGCGAGCGCCCGCGCACCUACCGCUGCGAGACCUGCGCCACCAGGUUCUGCAGAAAAGACUUACUAGCGAGGCACGUGAAUGUCCACAAGCCGACGGACAAAGUGUUCGAAUGUGACACGUGUAAGAAGAAAUUCCACCGGCGGAGUAACCUGCGCACGCACAUGCGCGUGCACGAGGCGGGCGGCGGCAGCACGAGCGCGUGCCUGUGCCUGUACUGCGGCCGCGGGUUCUCCAACUCGUCCAACCUGAUCGUGCACAUGCGCCGGCACACCGGCGAGAAGCCCUACAAGUGCGACUUCUGCGGGAAGGGAUUCCCUCGAUCUUCCGAUUUGCAGUGUCACAGGCGGUCGCACACUGGUGAAAAACCUUGUGUAUGUGGAGUUUGCGGAAAAGGCUUCUCGCGCAGCAACAAGCUGUCGCGGCACAUGCGCGUGCACACGGGCGUGAAGCCGUACAAGUGCGUGUACUGCGAGAAGGCUUUCUCGCAGAGCAACGACCUGACGCUGCACGUGCGCCGCCACACCGGCGACAAGCCGUACGUGUGCGAGCUGUGCGGCGAGCGGUUCAUACAGGGUACAGCGCUCCACAACCACCGGCGCGCGCACGGCCACUACGCGGAGGGCACCGCGCCCUUGCCGGUCACAUACACCGUGCAGAACGUCGCGCAACAGAACUGAUUGGGAGCGAGGGGGUUGACGACGCCUCACUGUACAUACGACUUGCCAACUGUUUGUGGACGCCUGUAUGUAAAUGUAAUAAUGGAUUGUAAACACGGCUUAUAAGGUUGACGACACCUGAAUAAAAACUCGAUUUCGCAAAAGGUUGACGACGCCCAACCAGACGUUAAAUAACAGUUUAUAAGUAAUAAUAACAAAAGGUCUACCACACCUGCCGGCCCAACAUGCGCGCCACCACAUAAUUCCCGCGAGCCGUUUUGUCGCGCUUUGAUCGCUUGUGUGUAUGUCUCUACCGUCCCCAACAUGCGGUGGUUACUCCUCCACGUCUCUCUUCAGAACUAGACAUCUAUGACGUUUACAAACAGUCGACAUCUUUUUGCCUAUAAAACCUAACAUGGCGGCAAUAUUAUUUCUAGUUUUGAUGAUUUUGGGCAAAAUAUAUCUUGUCGAUGUCGACUAAAGAGUAAUCAUUGUUUUUAACGGAUAAAUAAGAAUAAAAAUGAGCAAUUGAUGACUAUAAUGAUUUUACAACCACUUUAGAAUAUUUAAACCGCAUAAAUUCUAUAAAAUUAUAUAGAAAUUUAAAUAAUACAAUUUUAAGAGAAAGCUUUUCAUCUGAAUCUGUACAAAAAGAAAAUAUAUUUCGGUUUAAAUUACAAUGAUCAAUCAAUACAUUAUGUGUAGGAAAUUUUAUAUUUAUCAACUUAUAUUUUUUUAUUUAUAAUUUGUUUAAUGAUUUUAAUUUUAGCUGUGAUGUCAUAAAUGUCAAGAAUUUAAUGAACUAAACCGGUGCGGCAACGUCGCGAUGUCUCUUGUCUCUUCUCUCUCUUGCGCGAGAUAUGUCGUGUCGUCCAUGUUGGCCCUCCUGCUCUUAUGGAAUAGGAAAAUACAUGAGAUAAGAUUGAAAGAGAUGAUUAAAAUUGCAGGAAUAUGUAUUAAUAUACAUUUAUUUGUUCUUUUUUUUGUUGAAACAACGAAUCUUAUAUUUAUUUACUAUUUAGGAAUAAAAUAUAUAAUGUUCAGUUACCACAAACCUUUGGUUGAAAUAAAAUAAAAAAUAAUGCAAUUCCUUAUUCAAACUAAGCACAUGAAGCGACGCGCGACUCUUAGCGAACUAAAAGUUACACCAAACACAAUCUUUCGAUAAUCACUAAUUGCAAUUUGCGUUUGACUGUGGAAUUAAAAAUAUCCACUUUUUCGCAUAUAAUAGUUUUACUUGUAAAUAAUAAAAGACUAAGAAAUAAUGUAUGUAAGUUUGUCACAUAAGGUUAGUGUGGCUAUGUAACACAUAAUCAUUCAUGUAAAAAAGAAUGCAAUUCCUCAUUGGUUAUCCGACUUCGCUAUAAGGAGGGUAAGGUUUUUUUGUGUAUGUAUGUAUAUUUCUUUGGCACACUCUUUAUAGGGAUUUUAACUUGAUAAUAUUUUACUUAAUAAUAAAAUACUCGGUAAUGAGAUUAUCUACAUUAAGGAUUUGUUUUUCUCUUAGUUUUUAACAAAUAAACUCACAAAGUACAAACAUAUUAUCGUUAUGAACCUCAAGCGUCGCAGAGUAAAAUAAGCUGUAUUAUAUUAUAAAAAGCAGUAAUCAUUAUGUCAAGUGGAAUCGAACCAAAAAUAUAUUUUUACCAAAAAAAAAUUCACGCGAACGAAAACUACGCGCAUGUAAGUGCGGUAACUGCAGUGAACAAUUACAAAGUAAGGUCUCUACGGAAAAUAAUUUUCGUCAUUACGAUAAAUAAAUGUCGUAUUAUUCGUGCUAUAAUAUACCAACAAAUAGGAAUUUAAAAUGAUAUCAUAAAUAAUAGAUUAGCUUUCUGUCUCCAUCUUGGAGUUAUUUGUAGGCUGCUACAGUUCAUCAAAAUCGGUCACUUAAGUGUAAUAACGGAAUAUACAUACAUAUUAUAUUCACCUAUAUGAUAUACUUAAUUAACGGUAAAAUCGUUUAGGAGUUGCAUUGAAAAGUUUCCUCACACUUGUAAAACUCAUAUUGUGUUCAUUAUCAAGCAUAUUAUACAUAAUGGUAGUAAGAUCGGCUAGAAAGAAAGAGAAGCUAGCUAACCUAAUCUAUUUAUCUCGCUCUAAAUAUGUUAAGGAGUUAGCGUAAACGAUUCAACGUUUAUCUGAGUUUUGGAGAGAAAGAGACACAGUCGGCGUACUACGAUCUUCUUUCUCUUUCUAAGCUCCCGAGGCUUUCCGUAAAUCUCUUUAAUGCUCUGUCUUUAAUGCCUCUGAGUGUUCAUCUUAAGUUUGUAUUUAUAAUGGAAAUUAAAGUUUCAUUGAAUUGAAA